AUGGAAUUGACUUACAAAGGUUCCACAACUGAUGAGGAGAAUGUAACAGGCCAAAUUAGCAUUCCUGAGAUUGCAUACGACACAGAAGAAGACGAGUACACCUUCUCCAUUACCAUCAACAAUGACAAGUCGUCAAAAGAGCCUGUCAAAGCUCUCAUCCGUAAACAAAUUGUACCCAAACUUCGCUCUCUACUUGGAAGAUUUGGUCCAGACUUGAUUGAAACUCACGGAAAGGAUAUUCAACAUCCAGAUAGCUCGUUGUCUGCCUCUUCCUCUCAAGCUACUAGUGGAUCUGCUACUCCCAAGGAACCAAAGUCUGUUGUUGGUACUUCAGCUUAUAACACCACUUCAUUACACUUUGAACCUGUUUUUAAUGCAGAUUCUAAUCAAAUUUAUAAUGCUUUGACGAACCCUGAAAUGGUUGCCGCUUGGACUCGCUCGAAACCUGACAUAGCUCCAGUUGAAGGAUCUGAUUAUUCGCUAUUUGGUGGUAAUAUCACAGGUAAGAUCCUUAAGCUAAGAGAAAAUGAAUCAAUUGAGCAAACUUGGCGCUUGAGAGACUGGAAGGAUGGACACUUUGCUAAAAUGAACCUUAACUUCAAGACUCAAGCGGGAGAGACUACUGUGAAGGUUGACUGGUCUGGAAUUCCUGUUGGUCAAGAAGAGGUAGUCGAGAAAAAUUUUGAGGAGUACUAUGUCAAAUCCAUUAAACUGACUUUCGGAUUCGGAGCCGUCCUAUGA